AUGGUGUUUGAGAUGUUUGUCAAUGUUGAGAUCAAUAUUGAUCCAGAUGACCCAGCGACAGUUUCUCAAUAUGCUCAAGUCAUGAGGACUGUAAGGGAAAAGGCAGAUCUUGUUUCUGAUUCUCAAAGGAUUAAAUAUACCAUUGAGACCUUCACCAAGGGCAUCCAUGAUGCACGGACUUACUUGAAUACUCUUCAACAGCUCAGAAUAAAGAGUGGUCUUAUAGAUCAUAUUGGAAUCGAACCUUUGAUGAUGGAAGCUCUUGAGAAGAUUGAGAAGGAUAUUAAGAAACCACUUUUAAGGAGUGACAAGAAGAACAUGGCCACUCUUAUGGCAGAGUUUGACAAGAUUAACGCAAAGCUUGGCAUUCGGAAGGAGGAUCUUCCUAAGAUCAAGCAAGAACUUGAAUUCGAGAUUGCCAAAAGUGAGCUGACUGAACUUAAGAAGGAAUGUGUUGAAGCAAUGGAGACUCAACUCAAGAGGGAGGAGUUCCAAGAUGAGGAGAUGCCUGAUGUCAGGAAACAGGACAUCCGAAACUUCCUGUAGGCUUGAUCGAUGAUAACCUUUGAGGCAUUGCAAAUCACCCAGCCCACCUGUGAUUUUUUUCUUUGGUUUUGGUUUCAAGUUGACCGGUGCUGUAGGCUACACCUAUGAAUGCUGCUCCUUCCUUUUUUGUAAUAAAAAAACUACACCGAGGUACACAAACACAGUCAACCGUUGAGUUGAA